AUGUUUCCCUCGCAGGCGGCUAAUUUUAACAUUGAGGCCCUGAGCGGCAUUUGCGGAUCCAUUUCUAUUGCCUGCUGGGUUGUCGUUUUCUCCCCUCAAAUCAUCGAGAACUUCCGACGUGGCUCUGCAGAUGGCCUCUCUCUCAUCUUCCUCAUCAUCUGGUUGGCUGGUGAUGUGUUCAACAUCCUAGGUGCCGUACUCCAAGGCGUGCUCCCUACAAUGAUCAUCCUUGCAGUGUACUACACUUUAGCGGAUAUUGUUCUGCUGGGACAGUGCUUUUACUACCGGGGAUUCAACCUCAAAGAGGAGCUAUCCCCUUCGUCUACACCGGACCUUUUUGCAGCCAACGGUCCUUCCGAUGUGGAGCGGGAUAGCGCCGAACAUGAACCGGAGCCAACAGAGACAUCAUCCCUCAUCCCGAAGUCCAAAGGCAAGAGCCGAACCCAAGACCCAGUUAUGAACGUAACUGGACAGCUACCCCAAGACCGCACACGUCCACUCUCUGCCGGGAGACGGCAAUCGACAACCUCUUACCAUGAUAUCUUCCACUCAUCGGUAGAUGGCACUCAUCUCUCACCCGCAACGCCCUUUAUCGAACCCACGACCGAUUCUGCGCGGCGCCGUGCUCAACGCGCUCGCCGUCGCCGGAUCUCUGCCCUUCAAUCUGUCCUUUUCAACCUCACCGCCGUCGCUCUAGUCUGUGCUGCAGGUGUGCUAGGCUGGUUCGUCAGCCCGGCAGCAAAGUCACCAUCGCCAGACCCGGAACCUCUUGCUAUGGAUGUUCUGGGUCAAGUAUUUGGUUAUUUCUGUGCAGCUUUGUAUCUUGGCUCACGCCUGCCCCAGCUUCUCUUGAACUACCGCCGCAAAUCAACGGAUGGUGUUUCCCUGCUGUUCUUCCUCUUUGCUUGCAUCGGGAACUUGACUUAUGUGCUCUCGAUUCUGGCAUACUCGCCUGUUUGCCAUGGUGGGUCUGCCGAGGAGAUCAUGGGACACCGUCACCGUGCGCAUUGUCGUCCUGGUGAGGCGGCUGCGUUGUAUGGCCGGUAUGUAUUGGUGAAUUUGUCGUGGCUGGUCGGUAGUGCUGGCACGCUGCUGCUGGAUAUGGCGAUUUUCACGCAAUUCUUCCUAUACCGUGAUGGAAAGAAUGACGAGGAUGAAGAAUAG